AGAUGGAGCUCGCUCGCUGUUUCUCUUUUAAAUAAAGUGAAAUAAAUAAAUAAAUAACUUUAGAGAGUUACACAGAGAGAGAAAGAGAGCCAGAGACGGAGAGAGAAAGGUCUUCCAUCCGAUGGUUCACUCCCCAAGUGGCCGGAGCUGCACGGAUCCAAAGCCGGGAGCCAGGAGCUUCUUCCAGGUCUCCCACGUGGGUGCAGGACCCAAGGACUCGGGCCAUCUUCUACUGUUCUCCCAGGCUGGAUCAGAAGUGGAGCACCGGGACUCAAACCGCUGCCCAUAUGGGAUGCCAGCACUGCAGGUUCCAUCACAUGGCAGCGUGUGUGGGGGCCGCGCACACGUAUGUUGACAUCCAUGCAGAGCUGAGGAGCGCGGCAGACAGCGCGGGGCUGGCGGUCCUGUCCGGGACCCUCCCCAGACUCAGCCUCUGGGCUGAGCCAGGCUCUGUGAUCGCCCUGGGCAGGCCUGGGACCCUGUGGUGUCAGGGGACCCUGGAGGCCCAGGAGUGCCAUCUGUAUAAAGAGGGAAUCCCAGAGCCCUGGGACAGACAGAUGCCACUGGAGCCCGGAAACAAGGCCAAGUUCUCCAUCCAACACAUGGCUGAGGUGUACGUGGGGCGCUACCGCUGUGUCUGCCUCAGCGCUGCUGGCUGGUCAGAGCCCAGUGACGCCCUGGGGCUGUGGGUGUCAGGAGCCUACGGCAAGCCCAGCCUCUCGGCCCUGCCCAGCGCCGUGGUGACCGCAGGGGGCAGUGUGACCCUCCAGUGCCGCUCCCAGCUGGGAUUCCACAGGUUCAUUCUGACAGAGGAGGGGGCGCCCUCGGCCGCCAGGACCCGGAGCUCAGAGCUACGCCCCAGCUGGCAGUCCCAGGCCCUGUUCCCUGUGGGCCCCGUGACUCCCGGCCGCAGGUGGGCGUUCCGAUGCUAUGGCUCCUACAGGGAGAAUCCUUCUGUGUGGUCGGAGCCCAGUGAUGCCCUGGAGCUGGGGGUGACAGGAGGCCCUGAGGGUCAGCCACUCACCCCCACAGAGCCCGCCCCACCGAGUGGUCCCCAAAGCUCCAUGGCCAUUCUGAUCGGAGUCUCCGCGGCCUUCCUCCUGCUGCUCUGCCUCUUCCUCCUCCUCCUCCUCCUCCUGCGACAGCGGCGUCAGGACAAGCGCAGGAGGUCGGGGGCCUGGGCAGGGGCCGACGCUGACCCUCCCGGGGCUGAGCCCCCCUGUCUGUCUCACCCAGACCACAGGGAGGCUGGCGCGCAGCAUCCCACAGGGACUGUGCAGCCCAAGCCAAAGGCCGGAGGCCUGCCCAGGAGCACCGGCCCAGCUGCUGCCACCCAGGAAGAAAACCUCUAUGCCACCGUGAAGGGCAGCCAACCUGGGCGCAGGCUGGAGCUGGUCAGCAGCCAGGCUGUAGCCCCCGAGGCGUCCCUGAACGUGACCUACGCCCAGCUGUGCAGUCUGACGCCCACACACCGGGCUCUGGGCCUGUGCCCCUCACAGCUGCUCUGCUCCACAGGGACCAUGGGCGGCGGGGCCCAGACCCCAGCCCUCACUGCCCUCCUCUGCCUGGGGACCCUCCCCAAGCCCUCCAUCGGGGCUGACCCAGGCCCCCUGGUCGCCGUGGGGAGCCCUGUGACCCUCUGGUGCCAGGGGUCUCUGCAGGCUGAGGUCUAUCGUGUGCAUAAAGAGGACAGCCUACAGCCCUGGGAAACGCGGCCCCAGCAGGACUCCAGACACAAGGCCAGCUUCGCCAUCAUCCAGUCCAUGAGCUCCUACGACACAGGGAAGUACUCCUGUGUUUACUGGACCUCGCUUGGCCUCUCCCAGCCCAGUGACCCCCUGACCCUGGUGGUGACAGGGAUGUUCCCGGCGCCCUCUCUGUCAGCCCAGCCAAGCCCUGUGGUGGCGUCAGGAGGGAACGUGUCCCUCUCCUGUGGCUCAUAUAAUGCAGGCACUGCCCAUCUGCUGAAGGAGGGCGGGGCCGGCCCCCAGCACAGCCCGGAAGCCAGGUUCUCCCAGGGGGCUGGGGAGUGGCAGGCCACCUUCCUCCUGGGCCCUGUGGACAGCACCCACGGGGGCAUCUUUAGGUGCUAUCGUGCUCACACAACCGAGCCCUAUGUGUGGUCCCUGCCCAGCGACCCCCUGGAGCUCCAGGUCACAGGGCUGCACAGGGAGCCCUCCCUCUCGGCCCUGCCGGCCUCACUGCUGCUCCCAGGACAGAACCUGACCCUGCGGUGUCGCUGCGAGCCCAGCUGUGACAGAUACGCACUGACCAGGCCUGAGGGGGACACGCCCCCCCAGCACCUUGCCGGGCAGCCCAGCCCUGACUUCCUACUGGGCCCUGUGAGCGGCUCCCUUGGGGGCCGGUACAGGUGCUAUGGUGGACUCCAGGGCCCCUACGCAUGGUCGGCCCCCAGCGGCCCCCUGGACGUGCUGGUUGCAGGAAUGUACAGGAACCCCUCCCUGCAGGCCCAGCCGGGGCCCUCGGUGCCCUGGGGAGCGAUGGUGGCCCUGCGCUGUGGCUCCCAGGAGGCGAUGGACACCUUUCUCCUGCACAAGGUGGGCUCAGGCGCCCCUCCCCAGCGCCUGCGUGUCCCAGGCCAGGCCACGGCUGCUCAGGCCACCUUCAUGCUGGGUCCUGUGACCUCGGCCCACGGGGGAACCUACAGGUGCUACUGCGCCCACAGCACCGACCCCUACCUGUGGUCACAGCCCAGCGACCCCCUGCAGCUCGAGGUGUCAGGAGGACCGGAGCCCAGCAGCCCCUCCCACCCCCAGCCAGGCUCCCCCGCUGCCCCAGCGCCCCAGGACCACUCCCUGGAGAACCUCAUCCGCAUAGGCGUGGCGGGCUUGGUCCUGCUGGGCCUCGGGCUGUUGCUGGCGGAUGCUUGGUAUAGCCAGAGAAGGACCCGGGCUGCAGGCCGGCAGUGACCUGGAGACA